GAAAAUUUUCUCAUAAAGAUGAAAAUAGCCUUCUCGAUAUUUUUAUUGCAGCCGAUGAAAUUCAAUUAGCUGAAAUUAAACAAAAAGCUGAAAAACGCUUGCUUGAAACUGAAUCAGCUUGGAAAUUUCCCAAAGACUUCAUUACAAUAUGUAAAUAUGAUAUUUUCGCUGAUUUAUAUCAAAUUGCAUUAGAACUUGUAUGUAGAAAUCCAAAAAUUAUUUUUGAAUCAGAAGAUUUCUUAAAAAUGGAAGAAAAAGUUCUAAUUAGGCUUUUGAAAUGUGAUGGUCUUAGGUUAGAAGAGAUUGAAAUUUGGAAUUAUUUAAUUAAAUGGGGAAUUGAAAACACAGAAUCUAUUUUAGAUGAUGAUACAACUAAAUGGACGCAAACAGAUUUCAUUGAACUCGAGAAAGUUCUACAUAAUUGUAUUCCUCAUAUUAGAUUUUUCCAAUUAUCAUUUUUUGAGCUUCGAUUUAUUAUAACUAAAUACAAAAAUAUAUUACCAGACAAUCUCGAUGAAAUUCUUCAAUAUUUUUUAGACCCUAAGUAUAAAAAUAAUUUACAAAAAAGAGAAUCAGCAUAUUCUUUUAAUUCUAAACUUAUCGAUGCUAAAGAUGCAGCAUUAAUAGCAAGUUGGAUUGAUAAGAAACAAGGAUUCCCUUAUCGUUUUAAAGAUAUGCCUGUCAAAUUUGAACUUAUUUAUCAAGCAAGUCGUGAAAAUUUUUCUAUUAAUAAGUUUCAUGAGUGUCCAUGUUUUGGUUUCAAAGAUUUAUGGGUAGAAUAUAAUAAAACACAAAGAUCUACUAUCGGUAUAAGUAAGCAACACACUUACGAAUUAGGAAUUAUUGACAAAGAUACUUUUGAAAUAGAAGACUAUGAAGUGUUUCAAAUUACUUAUAAGAAUUGCUCAUUUGGAACAAUAUUUGAUAGAGUUUAUCAUAUCAAUGCUUGUGAUAGCAUUUAG